GUACUAUAUCAGUAAGUCAUCGGUUACCGAUAUGCACUAACAGUCAAAACAUAAGAAUGAAUAGGUUUUUAUUAACUUCAAAAGAUAUAUAUUUUUAACGAUAUCGAAGUGCGUUCAGUUUUAGUCUUAGUUUUCCUUGUAUUUUCGAGGUCGUCGGACUAAGAGAGGUGGCUCGUAAAUAAAUAUGCCGUGGAAAAGACCAAUGGAUGUCACACCGCGAGUGUGGAGACGGUUCAAGGGUACAGCCAGAGAUGGGGCUCCAGCACCAAACUAUCAAAUUCGAGAUGUGGACGAGAAAGAGAAGGAGAGAUGCUUGGAUUUCCUACAAGAGAUCUUCUUAAGAGACGAGCCCCUUUGCCAAGCUUUAGAUAUAGCAGCGGACCCAGUGUCCGUAAACACAAUCAUGAGUAACUGGCGUCACCUCAUAGACGAGUCCAUCAGCCUGGCGUGUUACACUGAAGACUCGCACGGGUGCCCUGACCAGCUGGCGGCUGUGGACCUGUGCGCCGUGUUGAGCCUACAUGAUGAUGACCAGGACAUGGGGGACCAGGUGAGAGUUCAUCCGUUGUCCACCUUGAAUAAUGUAUCAACUGUAUUUUGUAUGCGUACCCUUUGCAUUAUUUCCAGGGAAGACCUAGCAAAGGGUCUCGGCCUAGAAGCAAUGGCCAUCACAGCGACAGCCUACAGUUCCCAAGCGUUGUGCAAGAAAUGCGGCUACGAAGAACUAGUCGACAUGCAAUAUUCCGACAUGUUGGAACAAGGUAUAGACUUGAGCAACUGUUCCACGCCUAGUGCUAAAGUUUUUGGGGUAUAUUUAGGUAGUAGUUAGGAAAUUUUAAUAAUAAAAGUUAUUGUUCUAAUUUACGUAGCUUAAUGUUACUUAGGGCCUGUUUCACAAUGUCUACCCGAGAACUCCUGUGAGAUAAAAGACACGCUGUCACUGUCGAUCCAUUGGUAGCCAUUAUCGAGAUAUAUUUUCCUAUUUACAUAUUUUUUCAUAUCCAGACAUUGUUAAACAGGUAUUUAUAUUAAAUGUUAUCUACUUAUUGUGAUAUAGUAACUCGCGGUGCUAAAUGAAAUUAUUGAAGCAGCCAUUUUCAAAUAAAUAUUUUAUUAUGUAUAUCAAAACCACACUUACAUAUUUUAUCUACAUAGAGAAUUAUACAUAAUGGUAAAUAAUUCUAUGUAAUUUUAUACAAAAAAACUAUAUUAUAUACGAAACUACGUACAAAAUGUAAAUGCAUUUAAAAAUCACAAAAAGAUUUGUUAAUAUAUAAAUUAUUUUAUAAAGAGUAUUUUUCGUUACUAAAAAAUAUAAAUAUCUAGUAAGUAUUCUAACUGCUUUUUUAUAUAAAAUGUAGUAAAGUUACAGCUUUGGCGGGUGUGUAUAUAAGUCGUCAUCAACUUUAUUUCAUACUAAAAUACAGAGUGAAUUUUAUUAUCAUUUAUUUUAAUCCAUGCAUUUCAAACAUUAUCAAAUUUAUGCAAAUUAAAGAUUUGAAUUUAACAAAAUAUUUUUGGUUUUAUCAAUAAGUAAAUUUUACUUAAUAGUUCCGCUAAAUAAUAUUCUAGACAGUCACACGAUUUUUUCUUGAUAUUCGGAUAUUUCUACGUGAAUUUGUUUUCAGCCUGUUAUAAAAAUGGUAUUCUCAGAGAGCUGAUUAAUUAAAAUGGCUGCUGAGCCAACCAAUCACAAUACGUAAAUAGAGAAUAGCUACUCUUUCUUCGCAAUUAAAUAAAUAAGACUUAUAAAUAAGUUUUUCUAUCUUACCUAAUUAUAUUGCAUUCAUGAUAAUUAUUGCAUAAUUAUUAAUUGAAUAUAAAAAGAGUCUGUACUUAUCUAUUUUAUGUAAAAAAUACACUAUGAGUAAUAAGUCUGCAAAAGUUAUAAAAGUCCUCCAGUAUUUAUUUCAGACCCCUUAGCUUGAAUUUUCAUCGUGAACGUGACGUGAAAUUACUCGAUGAAUUUUGUAGGGAAAUUUUAGUUCUGCCACCGACCACCAGGGGCGCUGUUCAUAUUUUCAUACAAAAUUACUCGAUGAAUUCUACUUCACGUUCACCACGAAAAAUCGUGCUAUGGGGUCAGGGCAGUGGUCAAAAUUUCAUUCUCUGCAAAGCGUAAUUUUAAUAUUAUGUAUACUUUAUAUACUAUUUCAGGGCAUACAUAUGUAUGGCACGCAUUAUGCACCGUUUCUAUUAUUGUUAUAAAACACUAAUCACAGGUUAAACCCAAACUGUUAAUCAAAGUUAAUCGUACGUUAACGAAAUAUCUCUGGAAUCAGCAAAAAUUUAGACACUUUUAUGCAUCAAUGAUUAUAUUUUUCAAAUUGAUGCCUAAUGUUUAUCGGGCAACCGAACCAUUCAUAAGUUAUAGUCCAGUCUUUACUAUGAUACGUUAAAGUCAGCUACACUGCUAACUUUGCAACAGGUAAAUGUUGGUUUUCUUUAACAAUUCAUUGGACCUACAUUAGA